CUUGUUGUUAGAUAUGAUAUAUACAUUGAUAAGAGAGAGAAUUUUGCAGCAAUGGAGAACGGUAAGUGCAGGGUAUGCGUUACAGGAGCCGCUGGUUUCAUUGGCUCUUCUCUGGUCAAGAAGCUACUAGAGAAAGGAUAUACUGUCCACGCCACCCUCAGAAAUUUGGGCGAUGCUUCAAAGGUUCAACUCCUUAAGAGCUUUCCUCACGCGGACACAGAAUUAGUUUUGUUUGAAGCUGAUAUAAACAGGCCAGAUGAGUUUGAGCAAGCUAUUCAUGGCUGUAUGUGCGUUUUCCAUGUUGCGACUCCCUUGCAACCCUCUGAUGCUUCUCAGUUUAAAAACACGAGUGAGGCUGCAGUUUCUGCAAUAAAAAGUAUUGCAGAGUGUUGUACAAAAUCAGGUAGUGUGAAACGAUUAAUCUACACAGCCUCUGUUUGUGCUGCAUCGCCAUUGAAAGACGAUGGGAGUGGUUACAAGGAAUCCAUAGAUGAAACCUGUUGGACACCCCUUAAUCUUUCACUUGCUUCCUCUAAUGGCUUCUUUAAGGAUUACACAGUAUCAAAGACAUUGGCAGAGAAUGAAGUUUUGGGGUAUGGGAGCAGUGAAAAAGAUGGUGGAAUGACGGUGGUAACCCUAGCUUGUGGCAUUGUUGGAGGAGAUACUGUUUUAUCUUAUACACCUGGAAGUGUGGCUGCUUUCAUUUCACAAGUUACACAUAACGCGCAUUCAUACCGAAGUGUGAAAUACGCGGAAGAACUGCUGGGGAAACUUCCGAUUGUACACAUAAAUGAUGUUUGUGAAGCUCAUAUUUUCUGCAUGGAGAAGCCUUCCAUCAGCGGUAGAUUUUUAAUUGCCAGCGCUUUUGUUUCGGCAGCACAACUUGCUGGUUGCUAUCAACUGUAUUACCCAGAAUUUAAUGUUAAAGCAGAGAAAUUGGAUGGAGCAAAAGGAGAUGCCAAGUGGGGGUCUACCAAGCUUAUUGAAAAGGGCUUUGAAUAUAAAAGUGAUUUGAAGAUGAUAAUAGAUGAUUCCAUCAGGUGUGCAAGGAGGACUGGUGAUCUUCAGCACUAAUAAUUGGUGUCGAGAGUAGUGGUCUGUUUUAUGAAAUUUAAGCUACACUUCAGGAGCUUUAAUUGGAUUUGGAUCUUUAGUCCAAGCCAUCUCGAUUGUACACUCUGUUUUUUAUUGGCUUAAAAUCCUUGCAGUUCAA